AGUGAAAUAGUCAAUUCGAAAAGACACAAAAGCACAGAAAAAAGUUGUGUGCGUGUUUCGAAUUUCAAUACGAAAAGAGCACAAGUGUGAAAGCGAGAGAGAAAUUGUGGAGAGAAAUUGUGGAAGUACUGGGAGAGAGAAGGAAAGAUUUUGAAGCAUCUUCUCCGAUAGUCUCUCUAUCUCUACGGUUAUUGACUCUAUUGCAGUAUUCAAGUGUGUACUAAGUCGAUUUCUUCCUCCUUCAGGUAACCAUUGUGUAAAAUCACUGAGUUCAAAACCCUCAUAGAAAUUAUGGGUUCUAGUAGAAAGCUUAUCAAAAACAAGAGAAGUGAAGAAGAAGAAGAAGACAGGAUUAGCAGUUUGCCAAGCUGUCUAAUUGGGCAUAUACUCUCCUUCCUGCCAACAAAAGAUGUAUUGAAAACUAGCGUCUUAUCAACCAAAUGGAAGUAUCAUUGGAAAUCAAUCACUAAUUUCUACUUUGAUGAUCAGUCAGUCAAAAGUUUCAUAAAUUUUGUCUAUCGAGUGCUGCUACUAAGUGUUUCAGAUAUGCAUAAAUUCCGUCUGACGUGUGAAAACAUAUGUGAUAAUUCGCAUCUUAGUCAAUGGGUUUCUAUUGCAACAUUGCGUCAUGUUCGUGAAGUCCAUAUUAGCCUCCUUAUGAAUUGCCAUGUAAUGCUGCCUCAUGAGCUUUGGACUUGUAAUACUCUAGUGGUACUAAAACUAGCUGAUAUGCUUGUUCUCAAUGUUCCAACCAUGGUCCGUCUCCCCAGCCUUAAAAUCCUCCAUCUUGACAAAAUGGUGUUUUCGGAUGGUGACUCAACUAAGAGGCUCGUUUCAAGCUGCCCUGUGCUAGAGGAUUUGGCGAUAUUAGAAUGUUAUUGGUUAGAUCAAAAUAUCAAUGUUUUUAACAUUUCAGCUGAUGGAUGGGAAUUGCUUCCUGAAUUGACUUAUUUGGAGCUGGGUGUGCCUGAUGAGGGUGUUACUGCUGGAUGGGAAUUGCUUCCUGAAUUGCUUGAGCGCGCACCAAAACUGGAAACCCUUGUUUGUAAGGAACUUCUAUGUUAUGGGGGUUAUAACCAACUUCUCCGGCAUACACCAACGAAUGUGCCAUAUUGCGUGUUGUUUCACCUCAAGGUAAUUGAAAUUAGGUACUUUUUUUGGUGUAGUGACGAAUUGAAAAUUGCAGAGUAUUUCUUGAAGAAUGCUAAAGUUUUGGAGAGAAUGGUAAUACGCUCCGCGGGGGGUCAACAGUCAAAGAUAAUUUGCAAUACCUUGUUGGGGCUACCCAGGGGAUCGAAGACUUGCCGACUUGAGGUUUACUGAUUUGAUUGCAAUAGGUGCAAUAGUUUUGCAAAGGAUGUCAUGACCAUAUAAAUGUUUUUGGGUGUGAUUCAGAUUAUGUGGUGGUCAAAUUAUUAGCUGUUCAGGGUGAAGGAGGUUCAAUUCUUGUUUUUGGAAAGAAUGACUGUAAUUCUUUUGUUCAGAAUCAUUAAUUAUUAUCUUAUUUUCACAAAUUAUGAAUUCCUUGAGCAUUCCUCGCACAAUUCUUUCAUAAG